AAGCCACAGGUGCAAUUAAGCUUUUAAGUGGUAAGCCUAUUUGGUUAGGGGCACACCUAGAGCCUGCAAGAAGCUGAGAGAAAAACGAUCAGUCUUUCAAACUGACAGGAGGUUCCUGAAAUAUUGCUGGAAGGGUUAAGAAGAAGCUACAGCAUUCGUAAUUCUCCUGGUAUUUAUUGUAACAACCCUCUAAAUAAGUUCUCUGUGGAUGCAUCUGGCUGCCCUAGUGAGGAAGCUAUUCUGUACUGAAUCAGCAUGGGAUAGAGUGCCUAGAAGACGUUAAGACCAAGCACAGCUAGUGCGUCCCUGCUGGUUCUCCAUUCUGCAUCCGUGCAGCCACGUUCUAUUGAUGGCCUGUUGUGAUUUCAAUGGAACAUCAUGGGAUGUACCUGGCACGUCGGGCAGCACUGGAUGGAGGUGCCUUUAGCCCAAUGUACCUGGCAUGGUGGUAAGGUGAAGGUGAAAGGAAGAGAAGGUGGAGAUGGAACUGCCAAAUCAUGCCAAACAACUGCUACUGCAGCUGAACCAGCAACGAGCCAAAGGUUUCCUCUGUGACGUGAUCAUUGUGGUAGAAAAUGCCCUGUUUCGUGCCCAUAAGAACAUCCUGGCAGCCAGCAGCAUGUAUUUCAAAUCCCUUGUCCUGCAUGACAACCUGAUUAACUUAGACACAGACAUGGUGAACCCCACCGUGUUCCGGCAGGUCUUGGACUUUAUUUAUACUGGUAAGCUCUUAACGACUGACCAGCCCGGUGAACAGAACUUUAAUGCUCUCCUCACCGCAGCAAGCUACCUCCAACUGCACGACCUGGCAGCUCUCUGCAGAAAGAAGCUGAAGCGGAACAGCAAGUCCUUUGCUGGCAAGGCCGGUGGCCUUGGUGUCGGGAGAUCUGCCAGGAGUCAGAGACUUUCCACUGCUUCGGUCAUCCAAGCUCGCUAUUCAGGGUCAAAUGAGGGGUUGAAGGGCUCGCACUCAAAAGAGCUGUCAAAGGGAAAGCUCUCCGAUGAUGAGGUCUUCAUCAGUAGCUCCAACCAAGAGAACUGUCACUCCUUAAGCAGGGGAGCCAGUAAGAACGGUGGUGGGAGCGGCAGUGCAAACGGGAGCACUGGGGACCAGGAGCUAGGCCUCGAUCUGUCCAAAAAAAGCCCGUCACUCCCUGUUGCAGCCUCCCAUGAUGACACGCAGCACAGCGAAAGCCAGCAUGGCUCUCCCCAAUCUGCCUCAGCCCCUGCAGCCAACAGUGCCUCAUCGUUUGACGAGUCUGGAGUCGGAGCCCCUCACAGCAUGGCAGACAGCAGCGACCCCAUGGAGAUGGAUCUGAGCGAAGAGUGCCACCACUCACUGACGGAGAGCAGCCAGCGCAAGGGCCUCCGACACUCGUCCCGCAAGAAGGAGUGGAUCAAGAAAGACAAUGCCUUCGACCGAAAGGAGGGGGGCAAAGACAGGGACGAGGGUGAAGGGCUGCCCAACGGUAUCCUGCUGGGGCCCUUGUCCAAGUCUGUGGAGAGGAGUCUGGCUGGGGCCUACGGUGCAGACCUACCCUACCCGUGUAAGGAGGAGGUGGAAAAUGGCAAGGAGAACAGUGACGACAGCGGCCAGAGCGAGAGUGAGAGCGGUGGGCAUACUAGUGCCAACUACGUCUACCGGCAGGAGGGGUUUGAGCCAGUGGCCUACGGUGACAACCUGUAUGUCUGUAUCCCCUGUGGCAAAGGCUUCCCGAGCUCUGAGCAACUCAAUGCCCAUGUGGAGACGCACACCGAGGAAGACCUUUACAUCAAGGAGGAAGGCACAUACGGCGGCAAGGAUGAAGCCGAGGAUUUGUCCAACCCCAACCAGUCCUACGCCGCGGAAUCCCGACCCUUCAAGUGUUCAGUGUGUGAGAAGAGCUACAAGGAUCCAGCCACGCUGCGGCAGCACGAGAAGACUCACUGGCUGACACGGCCCUUCCCUUGCAACAUCUGCGGCAAGAUGUUCACGCAGCGGGGCACCAUGACACGGCACAUGCGCAGCCACUUAGGGCUCAAGCCCUUUGCUUGCGAGGAAUGCGGGAUGCGCUUUACCCGGCAGUACCGACUGACAGAGCAUAUGCGUGUCCACUCAGGAGAAAAACCUUACGAAUGUCAACUGUGUGGUGGGAAAUUCACCCAGCAGCGCAAUCUGAUCAGCCACCUGCGAAUGCAUACCUCUCCCACAUAAGCCAAAGACUCCAGAAUGAGCUUCAAGCCCAUCCGCAGUGAUUUACCUUUCUGUAGACUUGCUGCUUAAAAAAAAACAAACAAAAAGAAAAAAAAACAAAAAAGGGGGCAAGUCCCCACACUCUGUUCAGUCAUGGGAGGCCUAAACAAAUGUAGCUUUAACAUUUAAAAAAAAAAAGUUCCUUUUUUCCCUUUUUUUAAAAAAAAAGAAAGGUCCACAGCCAAGCUGAUGCAUUUAGUCCAACUCUCCCUCCAAAUCCUGGUGAUCUGGUAAGAAAUGCCACUUCUUUUUGCACACAUUGACUUCAUUGUCAUACUGAUUAUCUGGAGCAGGUAGGAGGGGGACCAUGGGGAACCUUCUGCUGGCUCCCCACUCCCUGCCUCUUUCCUUCCUGUUACUGUCACCCUACUUGCCUCCUCUCUUAAACCCAAACUCAUUAGGGGCAUUUCUUGCCAUCAAAAGAACAAUAAAAUACAUCUUUCCAGUGGCCUCAAUAGCUGUGAAACAACACAGCCUUGCAUUCACAAGUGCAGAAGCUGUGUCUGUGGACCAUCUCACAGAGCUGGCAGCCCCUUCAGACACUGUGGGAAAGCCAUAGCAGUGGUGGAACGCACCACCCUUCCCCUGGCCUGGCGAUGGCGGGGAGUGCACCAGCUUGAGCGAUGCCUCCCUCACCAUGCCUUCCUCUUUUGGUUUUGAUCUUUAUCCUUGGCACACGUAACCACAUGCCACCUCCUUCCCACAAAACACGCAAACCUCUUCUGCCUUACCCAUGACUGAACAGGGCCUGGAUGCCCUGGGAAUUUCUUUCAGUGAGCAGGGGGUCGUCUUUACUUUUCUAGUAGUUUCGUAUGGAUAUUCUUUGCUUAGAGGUACUUGUUUUAUUAAAGGAAAAACCAUUGUAACGUUUAUGUGAAUGUUUGAACUGGAAGGUCUGAGGUUAAUUCUGGGGGGUGGGUGGGGAGGGGGUUUGAUGUAGGCUGGACUUGCUACAAGUUCCUUAGGUACUUUUUUAUUAUUUUUUAUUUUAUUUUGUGUGUGUGUGUAUGUUUUUAGCUUUCCUCCCUCACUAAAGAGCAAGUCUGUGUGGACAGGCUUGUUACCUUUGCUACCUCUUGACUUCAUGAGAACAAUAAGAUGGUUAGUGAAAGAUUAGGCUUUUUUUUUCUUUUAUUGUAAGUAAUUAAAUGUAUAAAAGUAGAAGCUAAAUUAAAGUUAAGGGAUUUUUACCACCCUGUCCUUCCAUCAAAAGUCAGCUAGAGAAAUGUUAAAAGCAAAGCUUGGCCAAAGACAAAGCAAAAAACAUAGUUUGAGCCAGAGGUUGUGCUGGCUGCUUGGACUGGCUCAUUCGCAGUCUCUUGGCUGGUUGUAGUCACUUUUAGAUAAAAGAAGAAAACUUCUCUGAGCUUUUUGGGCCCUUUCCAGCUUUGUUUAUUGAAUCUGGAUCCCAUGGGGAGGGGAAAAUGUCCCCCUCAUCUUCCACUCCCCCAGCACAUCUGGGUCAGUCUGUAAACACCUGGCAGGACAGAGGGUGAGGGCAUAGCAGCCUAUAAUUUACUAGAAUCCAGAGUGCAAUAAGGUGGGGGAGAGGAGGAAAAAGCAAACCAAAGUGUUUCAUAUCCUCCCUUUUAGACAAUUUAACACACGCACACAAAAAAAAAAAAGAAAAAAAAAGGAUAAAAAAAAAGAAAAAUGAAAAGAAAAAGAAACAAAAUGUUCUUACAACAUCUGCAUAAGACAUCACAGCCAACAGCUGCUAUUGGUUUAGGAGAGAAGACAGAGAACUUAGCCCACCAAUUCUUGGCCCCCUUGACUUUGUUGGCGUGACCUUGUGGAAAGCUAUGGCUUAUUUCAAGCCUCCCGUGACUGUGGUGGUAAAAAUUCACAGCCAGUAGAAUCACCCCUUCUGAAUUGAGUCAGGUUUACACUUGUGUUUUCUCAGUUGUUCUGUUUGGGUUUUUCCCCCACUCAAACCAGUUCAGUCUCUGCGGAAGGUUCUCCAGACCUCACGCUUUGUCUGUUUCAGAAAAGAAACAAAACCAAUUUUUUUAAAGUUUUGACCAAAAAAAAGAAAAAAAAAAGAAAAAAGCGAUCAUGUUUGACUAAAACAAAGGAAUAUAAGCUUCAUUUUCUAUUGGGUUUUUGUUUGUUUUUUUAUUUGUUUGUUAAGGUAGACUAGUCCGUAAGAAGUUUUUGGGUCAAUUGAAUGAACUGAGGAAACUGGAACCCAGGCUCCAAGCAAUAGAGAUCCCAAAGGCCGAGCCUUGGCCUGGUGUUAUGUUACAGGGAACACGCUGGCCCCUCUCCUGCCAUGCUCCAGGGUGCUGCUCCCAGUGCCAUUUUCUGCCUGCUCCGGACCCUGCGAGAGGGGAGCAUGGAUUUGUGUUUUUUCCUGACUGUGCUGAGAUGCGCUGUUUUCUUCGGGGGGGGGUUAGGUGUGAUUUUAGUGUCUUUAGCACUUCCACAUUUUGAAUAUAUAUUGAAUUCUUUUUUCCCUGAUUCCUUGCCAAACCCCCCUGAGAACGUCCCCAAAACAGCCCUUGGGGAGGACAGGGAGGGCCCUGCCAUCUACCUUUUUCUCAGAGCAAGUCUCAGCAGGGCUGAGGGACAGCAGUGCAACAUUAGUUCCUAGGCACUUUCACCCUGCCUUUAUCUUCCCUUCAACCACCCUAAAGCUGAGCUGAAUCCCACCCUGGCUCAGGCUGCAGCUCCCUUAUGGGUUUGGGAUGCUGGUCCCCCCCGUUCCCUUGUGGCCCUGCAGUUUGCCCAGCAGUGAUGGGGCAGCAGGAGGGUGUCUGCAGAAGCCAGCCUUGGGACAGCAGCUCAAGCUAUGACCCACUGAGCCAAGCCAUGGAGCAGCCCAAGACAUGAGGAAGCGGUGAGCUCCUCAGCAGGCAAAUAACCUGCUCCCCCUCUCUUAACUCCAUUUCUACAAGCAUGUGUGUGGGUGAUGUAGCCUCUCCCCUCCCAGGCCCCCUCGUCAUUUGUUUCUUAAGCCUUUGAGAACCAUGUUGAAGUUUCAGGACCCAAUGCUAUUUUUUAAAACCAUUUUUCAGAGCAUCUUUCUUUUUUAACUUGAUCCCCUCCCCAGCACUUAAACCAUACGACAUAAAGUCUGUGUACAGCAAGAGUAUUGUACAAAAGGAGAUUUUUGUUCUUUUGUUUUCAAGUAGCUGUGUAAAGUUGUGUUCCAUAGAUUGAGUAUAACCAACAUUUUCCAAAUUGUGACAGUAAUAAUGAAUAAUGAAUAAUACUCAAAGCUUCAGGGACUGUUUCAGGCCUGCUUGGGGCCUAAACACUCAACUGCAUUUAUACGACAUAGUAUUGUAUCAAACAUUUUUCUGUAUUUUAAUGAGAAAGCAAAACACUAGUUUCAUAUUUAAGAUUUUAAGAGUUUUAGGGUGGGGGGGGAGGGAGCUGCAUUUUUUUGGUUUUUUUUUUUUAUUUUUAAUUUUUUUUUUUAAUACACAAAGAGCCUCAAGAGGAAUAAAACAAUUUAAAAACAAACAAAAAAACAAAAAUUAAAAAAAAAAGAAGAGGCCAGGCAGCUUAAGUAUAUGCUUUAGUCACUUACUUAGUUCCAGAAUGUUUUCGGAAUAACAGGAAAAAAGAUAAAAUAGCAAAAGUUGUAUAAAAGAAUAAAGAAGCUCAUACCCAAAUUCACAAAACUAUUUUUUAAACCAAAGCACAUUUGAAUGAGUAUGGAACCUCACUUGGCUCAGAAAAGUACUAAUAUAUUUAUCUCAUUGUUUACAUAAACUUUUACAGUUUCAGACCUCAACAGAUCUAGGGGCCAGUCAAAAUUAAUCUUUGCUUUUUCCAUUGGUUUGUCUGUGAAGGCUACGCAGCGCUCCCCAGCUUGGGAGGGAGACCUGUGUCCCAGCCUGCAUUCCAGCGCUGCUCAGGAGGGCAGGGAGAGGGAGAGCAAUGACAAAUAUGGCACGUAGAUACUAUUUUCUUUGUCUUCAACCUGUAAGAGAUGUUGCUGGGAAUGAGACCCAGACACUAUUGUGGUGGCAUUCCAGCCUACCUCUUCCUCAGAGGAGUCUGAGGGUUAUCAAGAGGGCAAAGAGAGACGCAAGAUGCUCUAGAGAUAGAGAAGGACGUUGUCAGAAGAUGGUGGGAGCUGCUGUACCCAGCACAUCUCCUUACUGUUAGCCAUGGGGAGCUGGGCUGAGCUGCUUUCCAAUCCUUUACUGAAAAACCCCCAAAACCAAAUUCCUGGCAAAAAAAGCCCCAAAAGCCCAGCUCCGUGCAUGUGGGGGAAUUAGCAGGAGCCACAAAGUUCACAGAAGACACCAAAGAGCUAUUGACAUGCAGCUUCUGUGAAGCUUUGUGGCUGCUGAUAUGGAAGAGUACGCACAACUCGGAAGGGCCCCUCUGGGCAGGGCUGUGGCAGAGGUGGCUGCUCUUCCUGCGCUGACUUGGGUAGCUUUAAUGGUCUGGUGUGAGGGCAAGAGCACAGCCCCUACCUGCCUCCUCCUGUUCAGAGCUGUGCUGGGGCCUGAGCUGUACUGUUGGGACCAUCUGAGCCACCUCUUAAUUUAACAGCUGGAUUGAUUCACUCCAGACUUCACAGUCAUGCCCAAAGAGCCCAGCCAAAACUCCUAAAGCAUUCUAGGUGGGAACCUAAGCUUGAUUUGCAUGUUAGGACAGUUUAAAGAUGACCAGUGAAGGUGGUUUGCUAAAAUACUGCUGAAGCCAAAAAAAAGGAUUAAAAAUAAGGCUCCCCAUCCUUAGUCUUGACCCGUUGUAGCUUUUACCUUCUACACCAAAGCCACCUCAAAGAUUUGAGGGGGGGCUGAUGGAAAAUGAAAUAUUAAUUUUGCCUGGUCUUAAUAUCUAACAAAGAUGGUGCAAACACUAUUUGACAGUGUUGUUUUUGUAUCAAUAUGUAUGUGCAGUAAUGAAUGUAUUUAUUUCUCAGAUUCUGUAUGCACAGUUUUGCAAUGUAAUUCAGAAAGUUGCAAACACAAAGAUGUGUCCGCAGGGUCUUCUCUACAGGAUUUCAAAAAAAAAAAAAAAAGAAAAAAUAUAUUAAAAAAAAAAGAAAAAAAAAAAAA